AUGGAGAGCUUCCGCACAAGAUUCAGUGCCUGGACACCGUUUAGCAACAAGUCUUUAAACAGACAGCUCUUUCAGGAAAGAGUUGCUCUUAUAAGUCAUUGGUUUGACCUCUGGACUAACAAGCAACGUCAAGAAUUCUUAUUCACGAUAUUUUUACGAUGCACUAAAUCACAAUUAAGGUUUUUGCACGACCAGUUCUCAGAAAGGAUGCAAGUGGCCAGAGUGGAUUUCUCUACAGUGUUACCACGCUUCAUUUCUCUCCAUAUCUUUUCCUUUCUGAAUCCGAAAGAUCUGUGUGUUGCUGCGCAAGUCAGCUGGCCCUGGAAGUUUUUAACUGAACAGGAUUGCUUAUGGAUGCCCAAGUGCAUCAGGCUCGGGUGGUUUCUGCCCUACACUCCAACGGACCAUGAAUACGGUGCUUGGAAGCACCAUUACAUUGCUUGUGUGUCCAGCUUAGACUGGCUGACACCUAGGGAAGCCGCCGCCCUUUAUGGGACCCUGAAUGAACCCAAAACAGAAGAGGAGGAGCUACAGGAGAGACAAAGAGAAAAGCAUCUAAGGAAAAUAAUGUGGGAGAAAAUUGCACUGCGUAAGAAGGAGCUGUUCCGAGCCCGACCCCCCUGGGUGAGUGGAACAGGCUGCUCCAGAUUGUUAAAAUCCCAAUGCCAGCCACGUCUCUCCCCGCCUGUGAGGGAUCGAGUGGGAUUACACGAAGCUUUGGAGAAACAGCUUGUUUUGGCAUCCUUAGAAGCUCUGCCCAAGCGAAGAAAUGUUUCAGGAAGAUAUUCGUACCCUUUACUAUCAAAGAAAAGUUGGCGUGGAGGUCUUAAAAAUGAUGACAGCCCUUCAUGUGCUUCCCCACCACACUUCAUAUUAAUAUCAUCUCGGAUUCCUGCAUAUGAGAUGGUGGUGGACAGUGUCAGGACAGGUGUCACCUCUGUGGUGUAUGAACACAGCAGCCUGACCUUGGAGAGCCUGCUGUAUCUCAUAGACAAAGCUCUGGAUGGGCAGAAGGCACAGAGUGUGGGAAUAUUUAGCAAUGGAGAUAGCAGAGAAAUCAAUUUACUCCAAGGCUACAAAAUUGGCAUUAAAAAUUUACUGAAGCCUGAGGUGAGAGACUUCUGGGAGAAAUUAGGCAGCUGUGUGGCCCCUGAAGAAGAAGGGGGUCACGUGGACCUCUUUGUGCCACUUGGAGCAUCAGAGUCAGGUGUAGAAGUUCUUUCCCAGCUGUCUCAACUCACUGGCACGUUAUUCACCGCCCCCACCGGGGUCGCAACUGGCUCCUACCAGCACGUUCUUAGCGACUGGCUGGGACCACCGCAGGGAAGAACUCCUCCCUCCAUCUACUUCAGCGAAUCAAAACUGCAGACGUGGGCCAGCUUCACGGACUUCCUGGAAGACACCUUGAAAUCAGUACGGAAACAGUUAAGUCCUCUCUUCAAGGAGCUGCAGAAGAACGUCAGUGGCAGGAUGAUUGGACAGUUUAUGUUUGACACCAUGGGCGUGACCGACACUCUGAACAACCAGGAGACUGCAGGAGCUCUGGCAGAUGGAUUGACGGAGCUUUCGAGAGAAAAUCCGGAAAGCAAUGCUUUGGAAGACAAUCCUCAGGACACAGAAUCACGUCUCAGCAAAAGUGAUCCAAAUUUUGGGGUGCUGGUUCAGCUGGAGAGAAAGCUGCAGAUGGACUCAGCCGCAAAGCGAACUCGGGUGGCCGGGGAGCUCUUACAGAGCGAGAGAAGAUACGUGCAGAUGCUGGAAGUCGUGAGAGAUGUGUAUGUAAGACCACUGAAGGCAGCGCUGUCGUCAAACAGAGCAAUUCUAAGCGCUGCAAACAUCCAGAUAAUUUUCUCUGAUAUUCUGCAGAUUUUAAGCCUCAACAGGCAGUUUCUAGAUAACCUGAGAGACAGACUGCAGGACUGGGGCCCAGCUCGCCGCGUGGGAGAAAUAUUCAUGAAGUUUGGAAGCCAGUUGAACACAUAUACCAAUUUCUUCAACAAUUACCCCGUUGUUCUGAAAACUAUUGAGAAGUGCAGAGAAGCGAGACCAGCAUUCCGAGCUUUCCUGAAGAGGCACGAUAAGACUAUCGCUACCAACAUGCUGAGCCUGCCGGAGCUGCUCUUGUACCCAUCCCGAAGAUUUGAAGAAUAUAUUCAUCUUCUCUAUGCUUUGAGGCUUCACACUCCUGCAGAGCAUGUGGACCGUGGGGACUUGACCACUGCAAUCGACCGAAUCAAAACAUAUAAAGGUUACAUAGAUCAGAUGAAGCAAAAUAUCAACAGGAAAGAUCAACUGUCAGACAUACAGAAAAGCAUCUGGGGGUGCCCUCCUCUGUCAGAAGCACACAGAUAUCUGAUUAGGGUCCAAGAUGUAGCCCAACUUCACAGCUGUGAGGAGGAAACAAGCUUCUUUUUAAGGCUCUAUGAACAUACCCGAGACCUCAGCCUUUUCCUCUUCAACGAUGCACUGCUUGUUUGUAGUCGGGGCACAUCUCAUACUCCAUUCGAAAGGACUUCAAAAUCCACCUACCAGUUCAUUGCAUCUGUGGCCCUUCACAGGCUACUUGUAGAAGAUAUUCCAGAUUCCAAAUAUAUAAAGAAUGCAUUCAUUCUUCAAGGUCCAAGAUAUGAGUGGAUAUGUGCCACAGAAUCAGAGGAUGACAAGUUCCUAUGGUUGUCCAUACUCCAAAAUACAAUCAAAAGUACAAUGCAGAAGUGAGACUGGACUUUUUAAAAUAAAUUCAGGAUUGCCAGUUCUCCCUGGCAAAGAGAGACACAUGCAUUUUCUGUUCCAUGUUAAGUUUCGUGAGAGGAUGACCUAGGAUAGCCCAUACGGUUCCACUUCACUUACAAACUUCAUUGUCUAUGCUCAAUCUAUGCUCAAUCAUCUGAAAUGUAGAGUAAGAACAAGUCCAUGAUUUUGAACCACUUCUUUUGGUAGGUAUUGUUCACGGACAAUAUUAAUUACUUGACUGACAAACCCUAAGACAGAACA